GUGGUGAGUGAAAGGGACGAUGAAAUUGAAGCUUUGAUGGAGACGAUUCUUACCGAUUCCGAUAUCUUCUGAUCAUCCUCUUAUGCAGUUAACUUGGGUUUAGUAAAGAUAUGGAUAGAAUCAAUGGAUUGCCUGAUGAGGUGCUAGUGAAGAUAUUAACGUUUCUUCCAACAAAGAAAGCUGUAUCCACUAGCAUUUUGUCUAAGCGUUGGGAGUUUCUUUGGAUGUGGUUGCCUAGGCUCGACUACUUCAUCUACAUUACUAAAUUGGGUACAAAGCCUGUGAUUCGGGAAUUUAUCGAAAAGACUCUGCCUUUACAUAGAGCUCCAGUCUUAGAAUGCUUGCGUAUUGGUUUAUCCCCUACUUUUGAACCCAAAGAUUUCAUACGGUGGAUUGAUAUCGCGGUUUCUCGCCAUGUACGUGAACUGGAGAUUUCUUAUGUUACAAAGUAUGGUAACUUAUUCCCGAGUAGCUUCUUUACCUGCAAAUCGCUCGUGGUCUUGAAACUCCGGUUAUUAGUUCUCAGGGAUGUUCCCUCUAUGGCUUCUCUCCCAUCUCUCAAAACUUUGCUACUUCAAAAAGUGUAUUUCGUAAAUGAAGAACUUCUUCAAGAGCUUCUAUCUAUUUGUCCUGUUCUUGAAGAUCUAUCGGUGGAAUGUGCUGAAGAUGAAGACAUGGAUGAGUUCACUAUUUCCGUCCCGUCUUUGCAGAGAUUAUCACUCUCUAUACCGUAUGAUUGGUUCUUGGAAGGGUUUGAGAUAGAUACUCCUUCUUUGACCUAUUUGAAACUUCAUGAUUGGAAUGAAUGGGAUCACUACUCUUUGAUUAAAAAUAUGCCUAAGUUGAGGGAAGCAUAUGUCAUUGUUAAACCCUUUCUUCUCAACAGUGUUAUUAAUUCAAUCACAUCUGUCAAGCGUCUUACAAUAUGUUCAGAGGAUGUGUAUUGUGAUGGUUUUGUCUUCAACCAGCUUGAACAUCUGAAACUAUGUGGGUGCCAAGAGGAGUCGUCGAAUCUCCUUGGCCAGUUCCUCAAGGAUUCUCCUAAGUUGCGAGUAUUAGACAUCUCUGUAGAGGGAUUUCAUGGGGAUAACUGUGAUGGUAUGGUUUGCUGGAAUCAACCGAGUCUUGUUCCUGAAUGCUUGUUGUCGAGUCUGCAAAUUUUCAACUGGUCACAAUACUCUGGGAGACCACAAGAGAGAGAUAUCGCGGUUUAUAUCCUGAAAAACGCUCGUCACUUAAAGAAGGCAACAAUUUUGGCUGAUACAGAUGAACAUGGUGUUUCUAAUCUUCAGAUGAUCAAGGAGUUGACACUUUCUCCCUGAGCAUCAAGCACAUGCCAACUCGUAUUUGUUGAGGACUUGAAAUCGUUUGUAUAACGUAAUUCUUAUUUCCAGCAAAGAGCAAAAAUGUAUUCUUCCUUGACCUAUACUGCUAUGUGCUAUGUUAAUUGCACUGUGCUUUAGUUUUCUUCAAGGGUUUUGUUCUUUUCCUAUAUAUAUGUGUGGCUGUGUUACGUAAACUUGAAUUAAGACAAAUCCUUUGAGUUUUU